GCUACUCAGGAGAAACGAAAUGAUCUGCCCUGGAGCCGCAGCAAAAUGCUGGAUGGACACCUACUCCUGGGAUGGUUAUCGUUCACAGUCAUAGUGUAUCUCCUCAGCCUACCUGGACCCUCCGCGGCUUAUUUCGGGUUGACAGGUAAUGAACCGUUGUCUAUCCUGCCACUGAACUCUCUACCAGAGGAGAACGUGGGCAGGGCCCACUACAAGCUGUGCGACCGGCUCAAACUGGAAAAGAAGCAGCGCAGGAUGUGCAGACGAGACCCGGGCGUGGCGGAGACCCUGAGAGAGGCCAUCACCAUGAGCGCCCUAGAAUGCCAGUAUCAGUUCCGCUUCGAGAGGUGGAACUGCACCUUAGAGGGGCGCCACCGAGCCAAUAUACUAAAAAGAGGAUUUAAAGAGACAGCCUUCCUGUAUGCCAUCUCCUCAGCCGGGCUAACCCACGCGAUGGCCAAAGCCUGCAGCGCGGGACGCAUGGAGCGCUGCACGUGUGACGAGGCCCCCGACCUGGAGAACCGCAAAGCCUGGCAGUGGGGAGGCUGCGGAGACAACCUCAAGUACGCCAACAAGUUUGUCAAGGACUUCCUGGGCAAACGCUCCAACAAGGACCUGCGUGCACGCGUGGACAUGCACAACACGAACGUGGGCAUGAAGGUAAUCAAGGCUGGAGUGGAGACCACUUGCAAAUGCCACGGCGUCUCUGGCUCCUGCACCGUCCAGACCUGCUGGAGGCAGCUCCUGCCCUUCCACGAGAUUGGAAAGCAGCUGAAGUCGCGCUACGAGGCCUCCGUCAAGGUCGGCAGCUCCACCAACGAGGCCACCGGGGAAGGAGAGAUCUCCACGGGCCGCGGCCAGCAGCAGCAGCAGCAGCAGCAGCCGCCGCAGCAGCAGCAGCCCUUACCCGGCCUCAACGAUCAGAUCCCCCGCACUAUGGACCUGCUCCACAUCGAGGACUCGCCCAGCUUCUGUAGACCCAGCAAGUACUCAUCGGGCACUGCAGCACGCAAGUGCUACAAGGACAAGAACUGCGACGCAAUCUGCUGCGGGCGAGGCCACAACACUCAGAGUCGGGAGGUGACCCGGCCCUGCCAGUGCCAGGUGCGCUGGUGCUGCUACGUCGAAUGCAAGCAGUGCACACAGAGAGAGGAGGUGUACACCUGCAAAGGGUAAACCGGCCACCCGCCAGCGCCUUCAGUCAGCGGAGCGCGUGGAAGGUGGUUGUGUUGAAGAGGAGCGAUCGUUUUGUUCUCAUGCAAGGUUUUGCUUCCAGCGUCGGAACAGCGUUCUGCAAACAAAAGAGGAGCGAGCCGAGAAGCAAUAAGCACUUUGAGGGAUUUCUGUGGGUUGGGUUUCGGAGGUCCUGCAGAAUGAAAACUUUCUCAGACAACUGGGUCAACAUCUCAAGCUUUUUAUCACAGCGUUGCCUUGAAGAGAGAUUUUACUUUCCUUUUUUAAACAACAUCCGUCAUGAGAAAACAGCUUAGCGUCCAGUUAAUGAGGAUCCGACGUAAAGACAGCGACACCAACAGACUGACUUCUGGGGCUCUGCCCAAAGAGGAAUGGAGUGUGUGUGUGAGUGAGUGUGUGUGUAUGUCAACCUUUACAUGUGUGUGUUUGUCAAUCUUUACAUGUGUGUGUUUGUCAAUCUUUACAUGUGUGUGUUUGUCAGCACGUGGUAGAAAGUGAGGCGGAGUGGAGUUCGAGUGACGACUUUUUAUGGCAAUGAAACCAUAUUCAGAGACUGCUAAAAAAACAAAAGACAGGGUGUAAGAAUUACUCUACACGCACAUAUUUACACUCACACACAUUGUGUGUUUGCAUAUGUAUGUAAAUAAAUUCAGUUAUAUUGUAAUGAUAUUAUAUAAGCCACUUAUCUAACUAUGUUAAAACAAACCACUAACCACACAAAUGUUUUGUUGUUUGUGUGCUCGUUUCUCUUUUUGAUUCAUGUUGACAAGGCCCUUUGGAAAGCAGCACACUUGUGUCUGAUGUCUUGCUGUGGAUAAUUUAUAGAUCCUUUGGGACUACUCCUUCACCGGGAGAAAAGAAAUCUCAUUUUUUCUUUUGUUUAAUAAUAAUAUAAUAUGAAGCUGUUAGUAAAUGCAUUAACAGAAAAUAACUAAACCAGUCAGUUUAGGCUAUUCUCGGCCUUGAGCGAAGCAGAGUUCAGGGAAUAACUUAAACCACUAUAUCUGUUUGGAUAAAAUAGAAAGAAAUUGUGCAAAUGCAAACGUAAUCCAAGUUGGAGAUGACAGCGGCCUUGUUUUUAUCAACAGGUGAUCAGCAGACGGUCCACGUGUGACUCAGAUCUAAAUUUGUGGAGCUCUGUGGAGCUUAAAUCUACUUAGAAGUUUCUUCUGAAUACUUUGAAGUCGUAAAGAAAACUGUGGAGAACUGGAGGAAUGUAACUCCCUACCAUUUCAUAUCCGUCUUUUCCUCUUCAGCUGCCACGAUCACAUUGAGCCAUAUUCAACAUAUAGACACGCAGUGUGUACAGUUCAAACAGUACGGAGCAACCGAGGCUGGAAUCUAACUUGUCUGCAGCUUAGCUCGAGUGGAGAUGAAAGCAAAAGCCUCGUAGCUAAUAUAAAUACAUCUUAUAAGACUAAUAUUUGUGUAAUGUUCUGUAAAUUGUGUCCAAAUGUAAACCGAAGAGUUUCGCUAAUCUGCUGUCUUCUCUCCGAAGUCAGUCGAGUUGCUUUUUUAUACACGAGUUAAUUUGCUUUUGCCUGGAAUCGAGUGACAACGCAGCGCACCACGCAUCGACAGGGACACGUUAAAGGAGCAGGUCGACGUGUUAGGAGUUGCUUUCGAUGAGAAAGUCGGUGUUCUUUGUGUGAAAAUCCGCCCAUCAGCACCUUUAAAGCUCACCGGUUCACAUGUUGCGUCUCGUUUGUUAACCACAACUUGUCAUUUUUGCUCGUUUCGUACACAUUAAACAAACAGUUUGGUGGUUAAAGGUGCUGGAAGGUGGAUUUUGUUAGCCUCAUUAGUUUAUGCUAAGCUAACUAGCUGAAAGAUAUGAUGUUGUCAUCUAAAGCCCAACAUGUCAAACUGUUUCCAUAAAACAUUCAUACAAUAUUAUGAUAAAUGCUUCUGUACACACCAGCGAUGCAGACACUAACAUGUCAGCGUAUUCUCAGCACUUCUGGGAACACUAUGUUAUAUAUAUUAUAAGAUAUAGGACCCUAUAUGCCAUAUUUUACAUUGGUGUGAAUUAACUACUGAGUGAGGGACCCAGCUUUGUAUUAUAGCACCAUUCACGCACUGAAGCCCAAAAGCCCUUUAAAGUAUUUAAAGAUCUGUAUUUAUGGAUACAGUGCAGUGCAGAAUCUUUUUUUUUCUUUUUUUAAAAAAUGUAAAUAGCAAAGGUUUCUUCUCCUGUGGUAUAGAGACAAACGUGAGGCACAUGUUCAACUCUCACAAGCAUCUGAAGCAGAAAAUUGACAGAAAAUUUAAAAAAAACGGUCGAAGCAUUUGUGGAAACAGAUGCUUUUGCGCUCUAAUCAUCAAUACUGCACAUCCAGAUGCUCUUAAAACUGACAGUUUAGUGCUCGAAAGUGAUUAUCGCAGCAGUUUAAACUAAAAACCGCCACCUCUGACGGCAAAAUCACGCUUUAGGACGAGAACCCUGCGUGGCUUAUUUGUCCUGAGGAGAUGAAUUCCAAGCAUUUUGAUAUGAGAAGGCACGCCAAAUAAAGACUGGUCAAAACAUAUACAUAGAACUUUGCACGCUACAUGGAAACCAUAAUAGCUAUGCUGAGACUCAAAGCAUAAAUGCCUGCUUCCCACAGCUUCUGGUGUGUGCUCGCUCCACACACUGCUCGGCCCAAACACAGCGACGUUCUCUGCUGUUGAAUGGAUUUAAAACAGACAUGACAGGAAUACCAAAUGCACGCAGAGUGCAUUUUUGUUUGUUUAUAGAUUGUACAUAGACCUAAAAAAAUUUCUCCCAAGGAAGAGGAGCAUGAUGCAGCAGCAGCAGCAGCAGCCGGACGCUUUUCUAGAUGUCACCGUAUUGUCAAACCCAACACUCUGCACUGUUUAGUCGUCAGUGGAUCAUGUACAAAAUUCUAUUUUGUAGAGAAAAAAAUGAAAGAUAAAUUAUUUUUAAAUAUAUUAUGAGCAUGUGUUUAGUGUAAAUAACGUCAAAGUCUAAAUUGAUUUUAUAUCCUGUAUUUUUUACUCUGUGUUUCUUUCGGGUGUUUGUUCCUUCUGGGGUGGAGGCUUCAUGAAGCAGUGUAUCCUAUCAGCGUAUUUCACUUCAUAUCUCAACGUCGUCUGUUAUCUAAGCACUAACAAAUCCUAACGAACUUAGAAUCGACUCACCUGUAGCUGUCCUUUACUCAUUCACACGACGAGACGUUUCUGAAAGUAUUCAAACAAAAUCACAGUCAUCACAAAUGUUUUUUUUUUUUUUAUAGGAUUUGAUCUGUUUGUAUAAUCAACUAUUUUUGUGAAAAGAGUCUUGACUUUGUAAUGUUGGUUGCCGCCGCGUACACGGCGGUAUGAGCUGAUGGUUGCAUCAGUGCGGACUGAUUUCUACUCACCUUUGGGUCACUUUACAUGUACACGUACUUUUUGUUAGGAUUUGUGCUGUGCCUGUAAAACAAAGAUAAAACACGCCAACCAUGUAUUGCCCUUUGUGAUGAUAUUACACCAACAAAGCUUUGUCCAUGUUCACUUAUUCAUGUCUUAUGGGAACUCUAAAUUAUUUUCCUCUACCUCAUGUGUAUAGCUUGUAGGUAUAAACAGAUCACAAAUGACUGGUAAGAAUGUAUUUAAGUUAUUUAACAUCUUUGUAUAACAAAGGCGAAAAAAAAAAUCUGAAAUAAUAAAUGAAUUUUUAAAUUA